UUAAUUCAGCUCCGGGUUUUUCUUUGCUCUGCUCUUUUCCCUUCAACUUGCAGCGCUUGUGUUACAGUGGAAUUGUGUGCGCGCUCCCGCUAAGUCGCAGCAUCAGCACCGUGCACGCGGCCGGCCGGCAGAGCACCUGGAGCAGCGCGAGUUAAAGUUACCGUCAAAGCGGAGCGCCGGGAAAGAGCCAGACUCCGCUGCCCCGGUACCCCGCUACCCCGCUGCCCCGGUACCCCGCUACCCCGGAGGUGUGGACGCUAAUGAUCUGAUCAGCGGGGCGAGGCGGGAAUCCGACCCCAGUGCAGAGGGAGAGGAAGAUGAUGGAGCUGAGAAAUCUGCGAUUACUCCUUCCUGGCCUUUUGCUCUUAUUCGCGCUGCAUCGCUGCUCAUCACGACCAUGUUUAGAUCCAAUUAUCUCACCACUCUAUGCCUCCUCUUUCUGGGCCUCCUCCAGAUACAAUUUUCUCUACUCUGCUCAUUUUGCCAAACUUCAUGGGAGCAGUGGCUGGUCUCCGGCCCCCGGAGACACACAGCCGUGGCUGCAGAUCAAUCUUGGUAGAAAGUAUCGCAUCGUCGCAAUUGCCACACAGGGUACCUUCAACUCCUACGACUGGGUGACGAAGUACACACUCCUCUAUGGAGACCGUUUUGAUGCAUGGACUCCUUAUGUCAUGAAAGGUGGCAACAUGACAUUGCCUGGAAACUGGAACUACUACCAGGUGAAGAGGAAUGUCUUUCACUAUGCCUUUACUGCUAAACACCUGCGCCUCCUGCCUAUGGGCUGGAACACAGAAAACGGUGGAAAAAUUGGUGUACGGCUCGAGGUCUAUGGCUGUCCCUAUGACUCAUACGUGAUGCAUUUUGAGGGGGACGACAUGGUGGCCUACUCAUUACCCGGUGGGAGACUAAGAACCUUGCAGGACCACUACGCUUUGAACUUUAAGACGCUUGAGAAAGAUGGCGUGCUGCUGUACAGUGAGGGCAUCCAGGGAGAUUCGGUCUUGCUAGAGCUGAAGACUGGACGACUCUACCUGCAUAUAUCCCUGGGAAGCAGUACAGUGCAUAACAUGGAUGGAAUGACCACAGUGAGGCUGGGAAAUGUACUAGACACACAGCAUUGGCACUAUGUCACCAUCAAACGUUAUGGCCGAGACCUCAACUUCACGUUAGACAGCCAGACAGAGAGAGUCCUCCUCAAUGGCGAGUUUAACUAUCUGGAUCUGGACAACCAGAUAUAUGUAGGUGGUGUGAUUGAGAAAGACUCACCUCACCUCCCAGGUAAGGUCAACUUCCGGGGCUGCUUGGAGAACGUCUUCAUCAAUGGAAUCAACAUCAUUUACAAGACCCAAUACAAAGAUCCUGAUGUACGGUUCGCUCCCAAAAAGAAAAAGAUGCACUACACAUGCCGUGACCUCCUUUGGAGACCCAUGACCUUUGCAGGGCCCAACAACUACCUCCAGGUGCCUGGGUUCUUUCGAAAGAACCGACUGGCAGUGAAGUUCAAGUUCCGUUCUUGGGACUACACAGGAUUGUUGAUGUUCACCAGAUUUGCUGAUGAUUUGGGCUCUCUGGAGCUUGGAUUGAGUGAGGGUCAAGUCAACAUCACGCUCACACAGCCAGGGAACAAGAGACUCCGCUUUGCUGCAGGAUAUCGUUUAAAUGAUGGUUUCUGGCACACGGUGGAUCUGGCCGCCAGAGACAACUUGCUCUCAGUCACGAUUGACGAGGACGAGAGCUCUCCAUUGAAGAUCACCAACCCAUUCAUGGUUCGCACUGGAAACACCUACUUCUUUGGAGGCUGUCCUAAGACCAACAAUACGGCACGCUGUGUGACCAAGCUGGCGCGCUUCCACGGCUGCAUGCAGCAGAUCUUUAUUGAUGACGAGCCUGUGGACAUCGACGUGAUGCUGCAGAGGAAAUGGGGCCGAUACACAGAACUACUGCUGGGGACAUGUGGUAUCACUGACAGGUGCUCUCCAAACCCAUGUGAACACGAGGGCAGGUGUAUUCAGUCCUGGAAUGACUUCCUGUGUGUUUGCAACAACACAGGCUACAAAGGGGAAGUGUGCCACAACUCCGUCUAUAGGGAGUCGUGUGAGGCCUAUAGACUGAAUGGAAAGUAUUGGUCAGGCAAUUACACCAUAGACCCGGACCUGAGCGGCCCGCUCAAGCCUUUCACUGUCUACUGCAAGAUGAAGUUGAACAAAGCCUGGACGAUUAUUGAGCACAACCGUCUCGAGAGAACCAAAGUGACCGGCUCUAGCUUGGAUCGGCCUUAUAUAGGGGACGUCCAGUACGUGAACGCCUCGUGGGACGAGGCCACUGCUUUAGCCAACACGUCGCUAUAUUGUGAACAGUGGAUCGAGUUCUCGUGUUACAAGUCCCGCCUUCUAAACACUCCACAUGGACGGCCUUAUACUUUUUGGAUUGGUCGGCAUAACGAGAGUCACGAAUACUGGGGCGGGUCUUUCUCAGAGAGUGGGAAAUGCGGCUGUGCCAUCAAUCAAACCUGCACCGACUCCAAGUUCUGGUGCAACUGCGAUGCUGAUUAUCGCCAAUGGUAUUCAGAUAAGGGCUACCUGAUGUUCCGGGACCAUCUGCCUGUCAGGAAGGUUGUAAUCGGCGACACAAACCGCCCCGGCUCAGAGGCCCAGUUCAGCAUCGGACCACUGCGCUGUUCUGGAGACAGGAGUAUCUGGAAUACUGUAGCCAUUACCAAGCCCACCUAUAUGACCUUCCCCACCUUUAAACCUGGUAUCAGCGCUGACAUCACCUUCCACUUCAAGACCUACCGCACCAACGGGGUCUUCCUGGAAAACUCAGAUGACCAUCUGCGCAACUUCAUCAGGAUCGAGCUGAACUCCACUACCGAGGUGGUGUUCAUCUUCAUGGUAGGUGACGGGAUUAGGAACGUGACCCUGCGCACCACCAAACCUCUCAACGAUAACGAGUGGCACUACGUGGAGGCUGAGAUCAAUGUCAAAAUGGCACGGCUCAAAGUGGACUUCUAUCCUCCUGCUAUCCACAAGUUCCCCGGCCAAACCUACAUCACCAUGCAGUUCACUCAACCCCUGCUCGUAGGUGCUGCAAAUCACACUCUAAGGCCAUUCUUGGGUUGCCUGCGUGGCCUGCGAAUGAACGGCGUCCCUGUGGAUCUGGAGGGGAAGGUAGACGAGCGUACUGGGAUCCGGAGGAACUGCACAGGAGCUUGUCUUAACGCCUCCAUCCCCUGCAGGAACGGAGGGCAGUGCAUCGAUGGCUACGCCUCGUACACCUGCGACUGCAACAACACGGCCUUCGACGGUUAUUACUGCCAUUUAGAUAUAGGAGCGUUCUUUGACGUUGGUGCUUGGCUGCGGUACGACAUCCGUAAAGAGCCCAUUUCAGAGGACGCCUGGUGGGCUAACUUCUGGAUCGAACCGCACUGGCACAACUUCACACUGGGCUACAACACCACCACCGAUGACAUCGAGUUCAGCUUCAGCACCCAGCAGACUCCGGCUGUCCUGCUGUACAUCAGCUCCUUCCACAAAGACUACAUCGCUGUGCUGCUCAAGAAAGAUGGUACCCUCUCCUUGAGGUAUCGUCUGGGAUUAUUAACGCAUAAAUUUCAGCUGACCACCAGGAACCUGGCUGACGGCUUCCCUCACUUUGUCAACAUCACCAGGCACAACUACACCGUAUGGACCCAGGUGGAUUACAUGGAGCCGUGGGUGGAGAGAUUAACUCUCGGGGAGAUUCCCAGAUUUGACUCACCGAAGAGUAUCUUUCUUGGCCGUGUCAUGGAGGUUGGCGAUAUCGAUUAUGACAUUCAGAGACACAACAGUCCGGGUUUGGUGGGCUGCAUAUCGGGGGUCCGUUACAACAUCUUCGCACCACUGAAGGCGUAUUUCCGGCCCAACGUCACCAACCCACCCAUCACCACCCAGGGCUACGUGGUGGAGUCUAACUGUGGUGCAGUCCCUCCUGUCUUAGGCUACGUGCCCUGGGAGGACGACCCCUGGUUCACUGGACUAUUCUUCUAUUAUAUUCACGAUGACGUGACUCCACCCUGGAUGACGUUGAUCGUCACCGUGUCUCUGAUGCUGCUCUUCCUCAUGCUAUACGGCAUGUACAUUUACCUGUACAAAUAUAAAGGCAGCUAUCAUACGAACGAGCCGAAAAACUUGGAGUCGCCAAGUUCCGCGCGUCCUCUCACCGAAACCCUGCGCAAAGACAAGAAGAACCUGCCGGAAAUCCAAGAGGAGGCGACGGGUGAAUAACAUCUUGAGAGAAACAGGGUCUGGGGGGUUGGAAGGAGGGGUGGGACACACAAGGUGAGCGAAACGUAGGGAACAGGAAAUGAUGAAACAGUUGGAUGAAACGGGUGAAGUUGUGAUUAUAGAACAUGCCUAUAUUUUUGCUUGAUAUUUUUCAUUUAUAUUGUGUAUUUGUUUUUUCUGCCCCCGGUGUUAAUUGGUGGUAAUUGGGUCUUAAUCUGACAUCUGGUGCUUUUUGGCUAAACAUUUGCAGGGUUCAGAUCUGUGUCCCACAAUGCAAUGCUGGCCAAAGUAAGUGCCUCAGGAAUCCGAACAUUUAGAAAGAACCAACAGGCUUGUGUGUGUCAACAGUGUUUGUGUUAUAUUUAAGAAAUCCAAAUUUCUUAAAAAAAAAAAAAAAGAUACAAGAGAGAAACACAAAAUGCACAACAAAGAACAAAAACAGACAUUUUGCUAAUGUACAUGUUUACAAAGAUUGUAUGUAUUUCUGGUAAACUAUAUACAGUUGUGUACAAAAGUUUUGGCACUCCCGGUCAAAUUACACACACUGUUGUUUUUUGAAGCGAAAAGAAAGUAAAAAACAACCUCAGCAGCAAACUAUUUUUAAAAAUAACAUGUUCUGCAAAUGUAAAUGCAUAGUGACUUUAUAUCUGAUGAACUUAAAUGCUUCGAUGAAUAUUUGAUGAAUAUUUUUAAUAGCCAGCUAGAAGUCUGUCUGUGCACGUUUAAUGAAUUUUCACCCACUCUUCCUUGCAGAACGGUUCUAGCACUGAGAUAUCCUUGGGCUGUCUUGCACAACAAGCUCUACACACAGAUUUUCAAUGAUAUUCAAGUCAGGGGACUGUGAAGGCCAUUCCAGUAGCUUCAGCUUGCAUUUCUUAAAGUAGUUCAUGGUGGGUUAUGAGGUAUGCUUUGGCUCACUGUCCUGUUGUAGAAGCCAGCCUCUUUUCAGCUUCUGUUUCCCAAGCUUAACAGUUGGCCAGCUGUUCUUUUCAUCAAUUGCUGCUCCUAUUUUUCUCCAAACACACCUUUGGUGAUUGUGGCCAAAGGCUGAAAUUUUUACUUCAUCAGUCCACACUUGUUUCAAAAAUGCCCCUGGCUUAUCUAGAUAUUGUUUUUGCAUACAUCAGACGUUCGCUUUUGUAAUGAGGUUCCAAGUAAGUAUUAAUUCUGAUGACUCUUCCAUGCAGAUCAUGUUUGUGCAAGCAAAGCUGCAAACAGUAUGAUGCACCACAACUCCUGUGUCAGCUAAACCUUCCUGCAGGUCCAUAGUGUCAUUACGGGGAUUUUAACAGCAUUUCUUAAUGACAUUUAAGACAGUGAAAUGCGCUUUGAUGUCUUAAUAGCUUUCCUCUGCUUUGUAGGUAUCAAAUAGCUUUAUUUUCAGAUCCUCAAUCAGCAGCUCAAUCAGAGGAGCCAGUGAUUGUUUAGUGUGAGUACAAGCUUUGAAGAAUCAGAAUUUAUUAUGCUCUAGAAUUGUUAUGAUUAUUAUUCUUCACAGUUCACCAAAUAUUAAGUGGCUGUGCACUAACAUUUGCAGAAAGGUGUUAUUUUUUUUUUUACUGUUAUAUGCUACAGAAAUUUGUGGUUACUUCUUUUCAACUAAAAGGUAUAAUUUGACCAGAGAUGUCCAAACCUUUGAAUACAACUCUAUGGCUUUCAGCAGACAUAUUUGAAAUAGUCAUAAAAGCUGAUGGGUUAGAAAUCUAUAUUUGUUAUAUUACUGCCUUCUUCAAUGAUUUGUGCUUGCAUAUACAGCAGGAUCAUAUAAACACUCUUUGAGCUUUGUUCAGUGUGCUUAGCACUUAUGAUCUCUGUAAUUGGAGAAAUAGUAUUUAGAAUUAAAGAGAAACUAGUAAUAUAGCAUAAAUAUACAGUACAUUCCCAUACCGGCCACAGAAUAAUGGCACUUUUUUAUAUGGAGAAGAGCCAUAGUGAGCUUGGUCAUGCCCGUAUUAAUGCUAAAUGUUAUCUUCUAGGUCUUCCCAGUGAAACCAAACCUCAACUUUAACGAAUCCUGCCCUGUGAAAUGAGUGUGAGAAAACUGUUAUGUGUUUUAUGUCAGUACGCCUUGACUCAGGGUUGAAAGGUUCCUCUCACUGUCUCCACUCAAACAUAUCAAACAGUCAAGUCUAAAAGUCUCAGUCCACUACCAAGAACUCGUUUAUGAUCCACUUGAUUCAUCCCUAGAAUAGAUAAGAAUACAUUAUUUAACUCCAUUUUAGCUGUCAGGCAAAUCUCACACCAUUAGCUUCAUUUUCAUUUAUUGUAUACAGUGCAAAAGUUUGUACUCCCCUCUCCCAAACACCUACCACAUCUCUCCCCGCUGCUUUCCCAGCACAAAGUCGUCUGACUGUUACAAAGUGCUGACACUGUCGACUCCUUCCAAUUGAUAAAUCAAUUGCCUCCUUAAUUACUCGGUCCCACAUCCUUCACCAUGUCGUCUCAGGGAGAUUUUCCUUGCCAAUGUCACCUCUGGUUUGCUCAUUAGGGAUCUUGGUCUACAUCCAGAUUUCUAGAAGGCUGCUUUGUGAAAAAUUCCAUUGUUAAGCGUGCUAUAGAAAUAAAAUUGAAUUGAAUUGAAUUCAGGUGUGACGUGGUGAAUUUACAGUCUGGGCUUGAAAGAAAUCAGCCUCAUCCUCACUUCUGACUUCAUCUUAUCAUUCUGUAUAUUUUUAAAUAAAUAACUCGCUUUAAGACAUUUGUUAACAGUAAAUAACCUGACGCAAAAAUAAAACCGAAUGUUGAUGUCUUAUCUUUGAAAGACAGCUGGGUUUUUUUUUAUCAGUCACUCCUGACUACAUGAUGUCCAUCUUUCACUGUUUUGCAAUCUACUUUGAAAUACAAUCGGUCAGCUGUGGAUUUCAUAACGAAACAGACUUUUGGACUCGACUGUAAAUUUUGACAUCGACCAGCAUUUUCACUCUAGCAUUUUAAUAUUGUCAUGCAAGCCAAUUUCCUGAAGCUCAUUUUUCCUAACGCAAACCUUCCAAAUCCCAUAACGUGAGUGGAAGCGCUGAGAGGAAUUACUUAUGAUUAGUCGCUGAUGUCUUCGUGUGAGUUUAUGUGUUCGGAUCCGAGCUCAAGCUGGAAUCUGAUAUGCAUACGUGGUCAAGCAAUUAUUAUAAACACACCUAAACACACACACACUCUCUCUCUCUCUCUCUCUCUCGCUCUCUCACACACACACAUACACACACACAUACACACACACACUAUUUUGUCCACAUCAUUUCCAGUUACUGGGAUGGGUUCAAAUCAAAAUGUCAUUUCCUCUCACUGCUGUUUUUGUUGAAGCCCGCAAAGGUAUAAUGCUUUUUAAAAUCCAUGUAGCAUAUCAUAUCUUUGAUCAUAUUGGUCACUUCUUUUUAACUAAACGUUCUUUUCCACUAAAUAUGUAAAUGAAGUAGAGUGAUGGUCAGUUUACAAGUCACCCAGUUUGAUAUUGGGUUUAAAGGAAAACUUCACCCUGAAUGACUUGCACAUUAAUCUUUAUAAUUAACAUGUGAACUUCAGUGGCAAUUUAGUUUGUAACAAAAUUCUGAGUUUAAUUUCUUUUUGUUUCACUUUCUUUCAUCGACAUGUUGGUCUAUUUUCUCUUUGGUUGAUGGUUGAAUGAUGCAGCGGCGCUUUAGUGUUUUAGUCUGUCCAGCUCUCUCAUCUUCUCAUCUCUACAAUCUGCUCAAAAAACUUCCAAUUCAACUUUCAUGCUAAAACCACCGUCAACGCCAUCGCGCUCAUCAUCGUAGAUCGCUAACUAGCCAAACCGAGUUUUGCCAUAAUUCAUCAUUAUAUAACUGCAUUGCAUUCUGGGACUUUGAGUCCAACAUUUCCACCAACGUCUCCACUACCUCUGUGUUGGAUUUCUCAUUAAUAUGUUUGAGAUCGACGACAUUUUUUUUUUCCAACUAAUCACCAUUUGUAACUCUGCUAGCAAAAUCAGUGUCUUCGUGUAAUGUCAGCACAGGGUAUUCUUCAUGGAAAUAACAACAAUACAGCACUAACCAACAAAUUAGCACCAGAAUCACUAAACAUAUCACAAAUAUUUGAAUAUAAACAUACUCACUGUGUUUCACGGUGGAGUUUUCCUUUAAUCUUAGCAUCAUUUUUGCUUUUGCAUUGAAUUUGGUGGAGAGCUCACAAUUUCCUACUACAGAAGAUGGAAAUGCUGCUCCAUAGAAUCCAGAACAAAAAAUAAUUAGUAAAAUGUUUCCCAAGUGAAUAAUUUGACAUGCUUUUACAUAAUAGUAUUAGUAAUCUUUUUGGUAAAACUAUAAUUGCCUCUAAAAUUAGGCUCAGAAUCUGUUUGUGAUGCCAAUAUUAGCACCAAACAAAGUGCUUUAAUGAAGUUAUAAAGGUAAAGAUAUUUGAAUCACAUUUUAUUUGAGAAUAAUAAUUUUUUGUUUGUUUAGGCUUAAAGUAUGUUCAGUCAUGUGAAUUAUAAGUACACCUUUUUUUAAUCGAGUGGUUUUUCAACAAUUUAUAGCAAUUAACAAAUUAGUUUCUCUCCACUUUCAAUAAUUAUAUAAAAUCAGCAGACGACAUAAUAAUAUUACGUUAUACUUUAUUCAACAAAUGCCAUGUAAAAAUGCAGAAAGCAUGUUGGGAAAAUGGAGUACAAGCUUUAUUGCUUCGGUAGGAAUGAAGAUGCUAAAUAACAGACAGGUGCUGCUAAUUAAAGCCAUACGAUUGGUUGAUAGGCAGGACAUGUGACCAACUCUAUAAAAGCAGAACAAGUGGCAGUUUGUCUCAUUCAGUUUGAAGAGAAAUGACAUCAGAAAUAUUGCAGAGACGCAAUUUAGCUUUGCAGACCUGCACCUAAAAAGACCACAUGAUUUCUGGAGCAAUGCAUUUUGUAAUUCUGCAAAAAGCCAAAGUGGGCCAUAAUGAACACAUUACAUCACUAGAUACACCUCAUAUGAGAAGAUCAUCAUGGUGAAGGAGGGAUAGCCUCCGUUGAUGGCUCACUGAGCAAUCUGAGAUCUUUUGUGCACUUUUCUGGCUGCAAGCUUCAGAACCUUGAAAAUUGUAGUUUAGUUGGUUUCAGGCAGGAAAAAUAGUUUUAAACACUGUAACUGUCAGCUUCUUGAAGGAAGAUAUGGUUACUGGAUUGAGAAGUUCAGAGCAGCACAUCUUAAAUUAUUUUGACGUGUUUCCCUUGAAUCAGUUAGUGACUAGUAAAGUUGGACAAAUGACCACUUACUAUGAGAGUAGCUGCUUCUUGGUCACAUUUAUAAAAAAAAAACAUAAGGUACUAGAUGCCCGGCUCAGGAGACUAAAGAAGGGGAGAUGUAGAGACAAAUUGUGGACCGUCUGUCUGUCUGUCUGACAGCUACAGCUUGGUCGUGCAAGUGGAAUAUGAAUAUUGACAGGCAUAGCCGAAAAUCUACAGUCUAAUAGUUGGUAAAGAAAGUAAGGGUUUUAACUCUUAGGAAAAACGUUUCAUUGUUUGGUUAAUGGUUCUGCUUCUUUAAUCUUGUUAGAAACCUUACGCUAAAGAAAAUCCCUUUGUUGUAAGUGUUAUAAGAACGCUUCAUGGUGUUGAGUGGUCCAGACUUACACCCCACUGAGAUACUCUGGUGGGACCUAAAGAAAGCUGAUCAUAUAAGCUUUAAAUAUCACUGAACUGAACCAAUGAGCCUCAUUUAUCAUUUUUGUAACCCAAACAGCACUAACAAAGGUUUCUAUAAUUCUUACAUUGCUUGGAUUGCUUUCUUUCAAGACAUUAAUAUAAAAAGACUGAACGUCACAAUUUCUACUAAAUAAGAUUUUUGAUAAUAGGAUAGGUGAAAGGUUAAUUUUUGUGCCUACAUCCUUGGGCGUAACUUUUUCAUGACUUCUACUAAAUUCAUGUGUGCAGUUUAAAAAAAUAAAUGAUUUAGAUAUGACUGUGUAAUCCGUGUAUAACACUGCAGUAACUUAUCACUAAUUGUACAGUUUGAAGCUAAUCAAUCACGGUUCAUGAUAGUGCCAUAUUAGCUUAAGCAUAAAUUUGCACAAAUUCAGAGUAUGAACGUUUUUCCCAACUAACUGGAUUUUCAUGAGUACUGCGUUUCUUGUGUAAAUGCGCUUCGUAAUAAUUUAUGAAUAAAUUUGUUCAUAUCCAGUUUGAUAAGUGAGGCCCAUUGUUCGUUUGGGCCAAAAGUCCUUAAAAAUGAUGUGAAAUACUUAUAAACCAGAACAGAGUUAGCAGAACAUGACUUCUUACAAACAUAAUGAAAUGAUCAUGUGGUGCAUUUAAUUUUUCCACCAUGCUUUCUUCAAGCUGCUUUAUCAAAUUACUCGAUUGUUUUGUUACUCGUUAGCUGAUCUACGUACGACCAGAUGAUCUUUUCUUUCAUCGCGAAUUCUGAUGCAUAGAAUUGAACCAUAGAAUUAAAGAAAGGGUGUACUUUCUUUUGCACAUGACCAUAUAUUUUUAAUUCAUUUCCCCAGUAAAAUAAGCCAUUAUUUGAGGUGCUACAAGCCAAGACAGACGUAUUAAUAACGCUCAGAUAUUCAGUUUGGUUCCACUUGUGGUCGUGAGAGUCUGUGGAUGAGAACUACAGUGUAAAUGUACAUAUUAUCAGAUUAGUUUUAGCCCACUGUCAUUACUGCUGCUACUGCUGCUGCUUUCUAGCUGCUUCAAGUUGAGGUUUAGACGAUCGCCACCAUCGCCAUCCAGUCCUCUGCCGAGGUCUCACUAGGAGCAGUGCUUUAAAUGAAAAAAAAAAAAAAAACUGAAGUAGAACACGUUAAAGCUAUGCAUUCUGCAUGACGGCACUUUUUCAUUAAAAUGCAAUAAGAAUAAUAAAAAAAAAAAACAACAAAAAACAAAAAAGCUUCCAGUGCUAGUGCUAGUGUCAUCGCCAAAGUAGCGAUAAGAUAUACACACAUAUGUACAGAUAUACACACAUACGUACAUGUCUAAAUAAAUGUGCAAAUGGUCUUUUUUAUUCAUGUAAUUUGUAGUAAAAUAGGCAAGUGAAACUAUUUUGAUUAGUAUGCGUGUAGAGUGAGUAGACGGCCGUGAUUCUCGUGCUCUCAGCCUCGAACUGAAGACUGAGUUGCCAUUCUGUCAUUCGUCCAUGUUUCGUCCUGCGUCUAUCAUUCCCGUUCUCGCUUUCACUCACUCAGGAUGAAACGACAGCCAACUGUACACUUUAGAAUGAAGAAAGUCUGAGAGUAUGAAAGCGUGUGAGCUUUUUUUGACUGUAAAUGAGUGGUGUUUACAGUAUUGUGCUAAUCACCAGAAGGUUGUGAGUUCAAAUCCCAGAGAGCUGCUGGUCAUCUUUAGGGUAAUGCUGCGUUCAUGACUAGAUAGGAACUGGGAAGUUGGAAAAAAUCCAUUUGAACCACUGAAUAACUCGUAAUUCCCACUCGGAAAGCGAGCACAAGGUGUCUAUUUGUUCAUGAUAUGAUUUAAGAUAAUUGGAUAGCUGAAAGGUUAAAUGUCUUGUACCUAUAUCCAUGAGUGUAACUUUUUUUUUUAAUAGUGCUGGGGACGAGAAUGUGGGAAAAAAUGAAAAAACUGCACAGAAAGCAGUUCUCAAGCAUUUUUGUUCGCUCUUUUAAACAGUUAAAUCCAUAAAAACGUCAUAAAACUUUACAGGAAUAACAGGAAUAUAGGAAUAUAUAUAUAUAUAUAUAUAUAUAUAUAUAUAUAUAUAUAUAUUUAGUUGUACAUCACAUACAUUUGUGCUAGGGAAUCAUUAGAAAAAGUGUUGUGUUGCACAGAUUAAAUUUGGCCAUUUAUAUAACAACUGCAGCUGGUAUAACUUUCACAACAUCAGGACUGUAGCUUAUUGUAAAUAAAUUCAUGAAACAAUAAUGUGAUCAGAUCACUGUGUGUUGCAAAGAAACUCCAAAAGAGCUUGUGAGCCAUCAGGAAACAAGAGUUUUAUUAUAGAGGAGCCAUUUUCUUACAUUCGCCCCUCUCACUUUAUAUGAACAGGGUUAAACUGAAAGAGAGAGUUAAGGAUCUUUUAGGAGUGGAGGUUAUUUUUUUAUUUGAUUUUUUUUUAAUUAAAGCCACUCCUAAGAGAGUGAUGGAGAGAGAAAAAGGAAGGGAAUAAGAGGAAAAGAAAGGGUUAAAAUAAAAUAAAAGCAUGAAUAAUUAUAUAAUAAAUAAGGGGAUAUGCACAUUUUCAUGUGCCCAUGAAGUCAAACACAAUUUGCAUAAAAAUACAGGAACAAAAACCUGGGAGAUUUUUUUUCAAGGAGGGGGAAUACAAAGUAAGUAUUGCAUUAAAUAUUUUAAGACACUUUUAAGACUACACGUCUAUGCUUAGUACCUCUUGUAUCCACUUUUAAAAUAAAUGAAGCACUUAAACACUUCUACUUAGGAAGUUUUAAAAGCUCUUUGAGAACUUUUUAUAUCCAAAAACAAGGCUAGCUUUCCACAAUCACCUUCAGUUAAGGUGGUAUGAACAAUCUGAGGUGGGAAGAAGGUUUGUGUUUUUGAGCUCCGUGUUGUCAGGAGUUCAGCAUGAAACCCUUAACUGCACAGCUCUGUGCUUGCGUUGUUCUUUGGCUCACUUAUAACUCGCGUUGGAUAAAAUGAUCUGCCAAAUAAAUAAAUGUAAAUGUCAAAUGUCGAGCUUCCGAAUGUAAGAGAUAUUUUAGCUACAAAGCAAUUCAGAAAGCACUUAAUACUUAUACAUAUACAGUAAGUAUACUUAUAUAAUUAGGUACUAUAUACUUAGACGUAUACGUUUUUGUUUUUUUUCCCCUUACCUUAUGACCUUACUCGUGCAACAUCAUGUCUACGGGACUUCCAAGGUUAGUGUGGUAUCUGUUUAAAUAAGGGUCUUCCUAAAGAAUAACAAUUUUGACUAUAAAGUUUGCGUAUACGUCCUCAACAGGAUGGUGUAAGUCUGACUGCACCUUAAACAUCACCACCAUUACAUUUCUAUUUGCUUUGCAUACACAAAUGCAUCAAAAUGAGCUAGUGUCUAUCAAACUUUAUCAAAUGCUCUGCAAAUCCUGCAUGAACUAAUCCAGUGGUGUCCAUCUGCAGUCCUGGAGGGUCAGAGUCCAGCAGAGUCUGAGUUUUCUGCUUAAAGUCACAUGACUUGAAUCACCAGUGAAUUGGCAAAAGUGGAAAAACAUUCUGAAGGGAAAAACUGGCUGAAAAAUGAGCUAGUCAUAAUUUGAGGACAUAUAAUUUCUCAGUUCAAACUGAAUUUCAAACCUACAAUGUUAGUGUUGUAACUUAAAAAAGAAAAAAGUGUUUCCAAUCUUCAGCUGUCCAGUUUCAAUGAGUCUGUCCUCAUUGUAGCCUCAGAUUCGCUGUUCUUGGCUGACAGGAAUGCUUUUCUGCUCACCACGGUUGUAAAGAGUGGCCUUCUUUUCAGCUUGAACCAGCGGUCCAGGUGUUUCCGCCUUCAGAACUGCCACUUACUGGAUUUCUUUUCUUCCCUCGCAGUGUUCUGUGUAAACUCGAGACAGUUGAGAAAUAAUAAUCCAGGCGUUUCUGAAAUACUCCAACCAGCCCAUCUGGCUCCAACAACCACAGAGUCACUGAAAUCACAUUUUCCCCUCAUUCUGAUGUUCGAUGGGAACAUUCCCUGAAGCUCUUGACCUGCAUGAAUUUAUGCAUUUUGCUGCUACAUGAUUGCCUUUGGUUGCAAAUUUUCCUAAUGGUUUGGUUAAAAAGGUUUUUAGAAGAUACUCUUACCUAGAAAGUCUUGGUGUCACUUUGGAGAGCUCUUACUAGUAUGAUAAUGUAAUAUAUACUACUACUACUACUAAUAAUAAUAAUAUACUGUACAUACAAGUAAGUUACUAAACCGUGCUGGACUUCGGCCCUUGAGAACUGUCACUGGUCACACUGGGUUUAAAACGCCAUCUUGCAGGAUUUUUGUAUAACUGUGAGUUCAGUAGAAAUUUAUUUCUUGUGUGUUUACAAAGUGUAUGUGCAAUCGGAUUUUUUUUUUUUCACUUGGCUGAUGUCAUCAGAUGUGUGUAUAUAUUAACACCAGUCUGGUGUGUGUGUGUGUGUGUGUGUGGAUGGACCAGAGGAUUGAUCAUGUGUGUAAGGUCAAAGGUUAACACUCUUCAGUCAGACUGGAUCACUCUAGAUGAUCUUUCCAGUUAGAGAGAUGUUUAGUCUCAGCGUUCAGAGGGCAGAUUUGUUCAGUAACACAAUUAGAAAGUAAAAGAUUUUUCCCCCGUCUUUUUGUAACUUGUUCAUUGUAAUUACCAUGACUAUAAAAGCUAUAGAAAGCAAAACCAAACUGACACUUCAAUAAAAGAAGCUUGAAGGAAA